AUGAUUGACGAAGAUGGCAUCUUUUGGGGCGACCGACCCAUCGAUUCUCUUGCUGCCAACUUUCUUGCCAAAGCUCUCUACCCCAAGGCCCUUGCAAUGGGUUGCUGGACAUUUAUUAGCUUUCUGUCGAAACAGGUGGCGCAAGAUAUUGCGAAAAGUAUUGGUCUCAGCGAGCCUGAUCCCCCUGAAUCUGCUUGGCAGCAUGUGCCGGUGAAUAGUCUUCCUGGUACGAUGCCACAGCAAACUCCCAGGGUAGUAGUCAAACACGAUGCCAAAGCGCAUCCUGCACACCUGCCUCCUGGCUUCAACGAAAUUCUCGGUGCUGCAUUUGGCCCUGAUGCCAAGCUCGAUCCCCGCCUCCAAGCUGCCAGCUUGGCUGGCGCAUUCGCUUUUUUGCGGUAUUGGAAACCCACAAAGACUUUGCCUUCAAGAGGGUGCAUCAAGGUCGACGGUAUUGUGGAGCUGAAAGGAAAGACGGCUGUUAUGGCCGUUCUAGUUGCAGGUUACUACGAUCCUAAAACGCGUCAGUAUGUUGCCGUUCAGACCCGACUCAAGCACUUGAUGCAGUUGAGACAGCGACCAGCGCCUGGCUAG